AUGGAGGUGGCGGAGAGCGGUGGCUGGGACUUCCUCGACUGGCGAGGCCCCGAUACAUCCGCCUGCGUCUUCCACCGCCUCGACGACCCCACCGAUCUCGCCCGCGCCGCCGCCGUCUCCCGCUCCUGGCGUCAAUUCGUUAUCGCCAACCAAUUCUGCAAGAGCCUCUGCCUGAGGAUAUGCCCGGAGGUCGCCAGCUUCACCCGCGCGGUUGAGGUGAGCAAAUCGCCGCCGGUCCCAGCGCUCGCGGCGCCCGCCUCCAGGUCCAGCCAUGACGCCGAGAAGGAUCACAGGACAUACUCCAACCUCGGAGGCGCCCUCGUCUCCUCCAAGUCCAAGCCCUUCGUGGACUGCAUCCUGGACUGCAUCGGUGCCUCUACAACGACCGUUUCCCGGCCGAGAGGAUGGAGAACACGCUCGAUCCACACGGGAGGUGGUGGGUCACCGUUCAUCCUACUGGUCGAGCGGGGGCCACCUAUUUUCUCUUCAAAGAUGGUGCGAGCUCGAAUUGGCGGUUCCAAGCCUUCUCGUGGCUUGGCUGAGGUUGACAACCAGACUGUAAUAGCUGAUGAAAAUUAUGUGUGGACGUACGCAUCACCGGACAUCCCUAUGCGACAGUGUUUAUUUUAUCUUCCAAUGGUUGAACAAAUAAGUCUAAAUGGCAUUGGUGCAGUAUGUAAAAAGGGCAAUCAAGUCCAUAAUAAGUUGGUGCAACGUUGCCUAGUCUUGGGGAACAGAAUUAUAUGGGACAUGGUCAUCAAAGGUUUUAACCAAGUUCAGGACCAGGCCACCUAUAUUGGUCUACCAAUGCAGGUUGCAAUAUGCGGUGUCUGGUUAGGACUAGAUGACUCAAAUCCUGCCCAGAAUCUCGACAAGGUGCGCAAGCCGGUGGACAGGCUCGUCCCUCUGCCUGUAAUCCAGAAGCGGCGAAAAAAGGCCGCUCCUUCGGGGUCUCUACCGCGGCGCAGCAGGCGGGUCGCUGGUGCCGCUCCAUGCUCGCCGGGACCGGUGCUUUCAGUGACUCAAAUGAGGGUGAUGCGGCAGCUUGGCUUUGAAGAAAGGGAGAUCAUUCAGCCAGAAGCUCAAGACAUUUAUAGUAAGCUCUUCGGGCCAUUACUCUCUGAUUCCCACGUCUGUGCUUUAGCUGCUAUUUUUGGCUGGGAAGUGGGAACAGUUUGGAAUGUCCGAGGUCUUAACAACAGGGAUCGUCGGAAUUCUAUCAGAGAUGUUGUUAUAUCCAGUAAUGCUGACAUCAUCUGUUUACAAGAAACCAAGGUCGCUAACAUGUCCCAACAUCUUCUCCUUUCGAUUUGUGGCUCUGCGUAUGAUAAUUUCAUCGCGCUCCCGGCCAAUGGGACUAGAUGUGCAAUUGCAUCAAGAAUUGACACUUAUUCAACACUUGCUCAUUUGCGAGCAAGAGGGUCAUAA